AUGUGUAUAGAUUUGAUGAGUAGUGAUGAAAUAUGUGAUGUUAAUUUAUCAUCAUUUGUAUUGUUGACAAACUCGAAGGAAAUGUGUUGUUCCUGUUCAAGUUAUGGUCUGAUGAUUGGGCCUAACCUAAUAAAGUCCUAUCGCCUUCACAAUGCACUGUUUCAUGUACAUAAAAAUAAACUGUUAAACACACUGGUGCUCAGAAUGUUCUGUUUACUCCUGACUCUGAUGAGAGGAGGUCAUGUUGGGCUAAUUCUGACUGUGUUUGCAGUUGAAGCAGUUUUGACAGUGGUUUACUGGACCUACAGUUGUGUGAUGAGGAACAUGGCAAUCAAGUCACUUGAGUUGCAGAUACUGUCCUGUGACAUUGUCAAACAGAGAACUCUCGACGAGUUUGGAAAUACAAUUCCAGAAGUCAACGACAAAGUUUAUCAAAAGUAUAAAAAACAUCAAACCACGUUUAAAAACACCAUUUACUCCUUUUUUUAA